ACUUCUAAAUCUAAUACCCUCCAUCCAUUUUUCACCCUCUCCACACACACAUAGAAAAUAUAUAAAAAAAACCAAUCGCCCAAAAAAAAAUUAAUAAUGGCCGCCGCCGCCGCCGCAUCCUCCAUCCUUUUCCUCCUCCUCCUCCUCCGCCCCACGACAGCGCAGCCGCCGGCCGGCGAGCUCCCCGACUACGCCAGGGUCACCCCUUCCAUGGCCGUCAUCAUCGUCGUCCUAAUCGCCGCCCUCUUCCUCAUGGGCUUCUUCUCCAUCUACAUCCGCAACUGCUCCGAGUCCCAAUCCGCCGGCGCUGGCGGCAGCAUCCGCCAGCUCGGCCGCCGCGCCGCCGCCGCCGCCUCCCGCGGCCUCGAUCCAUCCGUCAUCGAGACCUUUCCCACCAUGGUCUACUCCGCCGUCAAGGGAUUGAAGAUCGGAAAGGGAGCGCUGGAGUGCGCCGUCUGCCUCAACGAAUUCGAGGACGACGAAACGCUGCGUUUGAUCCCCAAGUGCGACCACGUCUUCCACCCGGAGUGCAUCGACGCCUGGCUCGAAUCGCACACCACUUGCCCGGUCUGCCGCGCCAAUUUGACCCCGGACCAGUCCGGUGACGAUGGCUCGACUGUCCGACCCGCUGUCGAGCCGGAAUUGAUUGCUCCAGCGCCGGUAAUGACUCGGGCCGCGUCGGAUCUCGAGGCGGGAAGAGUCCAAGACGCCGUCCCGGAGCAGGCUGGGGAUUGCGGAAGUGAAGACCACCGGCCUGCAGAAGCUGCGCCGGAAGUUGCGUGGGUUGAUCGGGUUUUGAACCGGAACCGUACGCGCGGGUCGAGAUCGGGUCGGCCACGAAAGUUUCCAAGAUCGCACUCAACUGGGCACUCUUUGGUUCAACCGGGGGAGAACACCGAUCGGUUCACAUUGAGGUUGCCGGCUGAUGUUCGGAAGCGGUUGGUGGACCAGGGGUUGAACCGGAGCUCUAGCAUGAUUGCGCUGCCCAGAGAAGGGAGCACGAGGCGAGGGUAUCGAACCGGUGAAGGAAGCAGCAGAGGGAAGCAUUCGAGUUACAAGCGGCUGGAACCGUUGGAGACGGAAGGCAGGUCGGACCGCUGGGUGUUCAAUCGGACCUCAUCGUUCUUUGCCAGAGCGUCGUCGUUCCUGACCAGAACGACUUCUUCCGUCCGGUCGCCUAGAGUUGCGGCUAACGAUGGGUCCAUUCGAUCUCCCCGUGGGGUGGUGGCGAGGGAUCAAGGAGAAGGGUCUUCGAGCAAACGAAGUGGGUUGGAAACGGCCCAAUUGACCCGACCGCCGGUCUGAGUUUUUUAUUAAUUGCUCUUGAGUUAUUUUAAAGUACUUAUUCAAUCUUAGCUUCCUUAUUUGACUUUGUCAAUAGAGGUAACAUGUCCAUAUACUUUAUGAUUGAUAGCUUUGUUCUUUCUUUAUCUCUAUUUUCUUUUCCCCUCUAUUUAAUUUUAUUUAUAUUUUGUAUUAGUACAAUUUGGAUGUAACAUAUGGUACAAUCUUCACAUGGGAAAGAUCAAGUUAAUAAGAGAGAAACGAGGAUACACUUUUUUGCUAUAGAAGGCUUUCAUAUCGACCACACAAUUCAAGCCAAAAACGAUUUUUUUUUCAAGGAAGAUAUAUAAUAGUUAAUUAAUUAAAGCAUUGAUU